CCCUCCUCACCAUGUGUGUGUUGACGUCAGAAACUUAGGAGGGGCUCCUCCGUGAAGCUGGUUGCUGUUUGUGGUGCUGAAACAACGCCUGUAUUGUGUGUGUUUGCCCGUUUCGUGAUUUUUUUUCUCUCUCCCCUCUUCUCUCUGGCGUUUCUUCCUCCUCCUCCUCUCCUCUGCCCUCCACAACAUGCCUCUUUAGUCCCGAGUCUCGUCUCGUGCGGCUCGCGACCCUGAGUUUUUGCGUCAGACAUGCAGUUUUAGCGGGAGGCGCGCGAUGGAUUAGUGAAGCGCCGUGAAAGCGAAGCUGAGGCAGGAGAGCGCGAUGGAUUCACUGUGCCGUCCCGUCCUCCUCGCUGCACUGGCUGUCAGCCUCUGCUCCUCACCUGCCCUCGCUGACAGGAAAUUUGGUUGCCUGUUCGAGGACGAGCUCUGUACACCGUAUGAGUUCUGCGUCAAUGAUGGCGUGUUUGGAAGGUGCCAGGAGUUAGCCGGUGCAGACCUGUACACGUACGAUAUUCCUUCCUCAGCUCUGCAACGCCUCAGGAUCCUCCUACAAAAGCUGGCACACAGAGGUCUGACAUGGCGGGACGACAUCACUCAGCAGGUCAUCUCUAGAGAGCUCUCCAAACUAAGGAGAACCCCUCUCCGCCAUCAGGCCACACCUCCAAGCCCCCUGACCGCCUACAGAAGCUCCAGAGACAGGAAGCUGAGGCCUUCGCAGGCAGAGCUGAACAGAAACCUUCAGCAGUACCUGACCGGCCUGGGCUUCCUGCCGCAGUCUGAGGUCAAUGGACAACCAGGAAGCCAACGAGAUGGAGCCAACGCUCAGAAUGGAGACUUAAAGUCUGAUGAUCGUUUGGAGCCCAGCCGGUCAAAACCCCAGCAGGGCUGGAAGGAGACCACAGUCUACAGCGUUCAUAAUGGAGACGGCAAACCUCCCGUCACCAAAGUCUUCACCAAGAGUGGAGAGGGCAGGCACCCAAAGCUCAGUCCAACCUACUCUAACCAGGACCCAGGAAGGAGCAAACUGCUUUCGAGUGAGCUGGAACGGCUUCUUGCAGCGAUACCGAACACUCAGCAGGGCACCCCAGAUGGCAAGGCUGCAUGGCCCAAAGGAAAACUGCACUACCUCAACUACGUCAGGCCAGCUCCGAGUGACCAUGCCGAGCCGCAGUCGCAGGUGGACUUUGGCUCCAAAACGCAAAAGCCUAAUCUAGACAGACUGCUGCUCAAGGCCGGCUCAAACCGACUGCCUGCGAAAGAGCCUGUUGACAUCAUGGAUGAUCGAUUCAUCCAGAAUAUGGUGAACCAGCUUGGAAGACACAGCAUCAACAUGGAGGCUUUUAUGGGCAAAGACUUGGACCAUCUCACCGAGCUCAUGACAGGAGCGCUGAAGGAGAUGCAUGAGGAGCGGCCCGUGGCUGGGGCCGAGCCACGACCGGAAGCCGCUGUCUCCAGUUUGGAGAAGGAGGGUAACAGGGAGCCACCAGCAGCCAUGCAGCUGAAUCUAAAAUCAGACAAAGGACAGGACCUAAACCAGAAAGACACGCUGAGAAUGAAACAGCAAGGCCAACAAAUAGAUGGUGCAGACAAAGAGCCAGAUGACAAGCAUGCAGCCUUCUUCUCCAAGCUGCUGGACUACCUCAACCUGGAGCCCUUUGGUGACACUCCGGCAGCCAACGUUGGGCCACCAGCUGGCCUUCUGAAAAUGCCCGGUCUGGAAAGCGUCCAAAGCCGGACGAGGCAGGGCCAAGCUGCUGCACCCCAGCACUGGGAGGAGAAGACCGUGGCUGUGCCUGCGAAGGAGGGAUCCACCAUGCGUUUGACUGGUGGCCCUGACACUGAGGGGCCUGACACUCAGGUGGACUCAGAGAUCCAGAGGUGGAUGCAGCAGCAUCAGGAUCCGGAGGGGAAGAAGCAGCUGGAGGAGCCGCAGAAGAAGGACAUGAAGGUCAAAACUCAGCUGGUCCAUGUGGGGGUGAAGGAGUUUUCCAGCAGAGGGAAGGACAGACACUUUGGCUACAUCAUCACCGGCUCAGACUCCCUCACCACUGACCAGGGCUCGGACCUGAUGGAGCGCCUGACGCAGAGGCUGAACCUCCACGCCGCAGACCUCACCCAGCUCUCUGUGUUGGGUCCAGCAUUGACCUUCAGACUCGGCCCCAACCCCAAAAACGUGACCACAGCGGACCUGGUUCAAGUUGCGGUCCAACAGAAGCAGCAGCUGGAGAAGGAGACAGGCCUGAAGAUUGUGGAGGCCGGAGUCAGUGAUAGGGGCAGCCUGACCCAGAUCCCCGUGGUGAAGGAGACCAGGGUGGAGUCGGGCCAGUUCCUGGUGCUCUCCGUCCUCUGCAUGCUCUUCAUCCUGGUGGCGCUGGCGGUGUCCGCUACCUUCUUCUGCGUGCGCCAGCGCUCCCACCUCCGCAUGAAGGAGAAGCUGGCCAGCCUGGGGACUGACACCAGUACUGAUGCCACCGCAACCUAUCAGGAGCUUUGUCGCCAGCGUAUGGCAAUCCGGACGUCAGAGCGCGUCGAGCGGCCGGAGACUUUGCGCCACUCUCGACUCAACAGCGUCUCGUCCCAGUUCAGCGAUGGCCCCGCAGCCAGCCCGUCCACACGCAGCAGCACCUCCUCCUGGUGCGAGGAGCCAGUGCCGUCCAACAUGGACAUCUCCACUGGUCACAUGAUACUGUCGUACAUGGAGGACCACUUGAAGAACAAGAACCGUCUGGAGCGUGAGUGGGAGGCCCUGUGCUCCUACCAGGCAGAGCCCAGCGCCAGCGGUGUGGGACGGGGCGAGCAGAACUCCAAGAGGAACCGCUCAGAUGCCGUGGUCGUAUACGAUCAUUCCAGGAUCACCUUGAAAGCGGAGAAUAAUCACUGCAAUUCAGAUUACAUCAAUGCAAGUCCAAUAAUGGACCAUGACCCACGCAACCCUACUUACAUCUCCUCGCAGGGCCCACUUCCUUCCACCGUGGCGGACUUCUGGCAGAUGGUGUGGGAGAGUGGCUGCGUCGUCAUCGUCAUGCUGACCCCGCUCUCUGAAAACGGGGUGAAGCAGUGUCAUCACUACUGGCCUGACGAAGGAUCCGAUAUCUACCACAUCUACGAGGUCAACUUGGUGUCGGAGCACAUCUGGUGCGAGGACUUCCUGGUGCGCAGCUUUUACCUGAAGAACCUGCAGACCAACGAGACCCGCACCGUCACCCAGUUCCACUUCCUGUCCUGGAUGGACCGCGGCAUCCCCAACUCGGCAAGGACCCUGUUGGACUUCCGCAGAAAGGUUAACAAGUGCUACCGGGGUCGAUCUUGCCCGAUAAUCGUUCACUGCAGUGAUGGAGCUGGCAGGAGUGGGACUUACAUUCUGAUUGACAUGGUCCUCAAUAGGAUGGCUAAAGGUGCUAAAGAGAUUGAUAUUGCCGCUACCCUGGAGCACUUGAGAGACCAGAGAGCUGGCAUGGUCCAGACAAAGGAGCAGUUUGAGUUUGCGCUGACAGCCGUGGCAGAGGAGGUGAACGCCAUCCUGAAAGCGCUUCCUCAGUGAAGGCACCGCAUCCCCCACCUUCUUCUUCUCCUCGCUCGCUGAGCACCGGUUUCCUCUGCCCACUCAAGACUGACAUCUCUCUCUGCCCUUCCUUCUCCUCGCUCUGUUUCUCUUCUUCUGUCUCUGCCUCCUCUUCACCUCUAUAUAUACUGUAUACUUGUGAAUGUCGUGCCAGAUAUCUGACCUGGAUCCAUAUUCGCAAAGAUCUCGCCUCAGAGUACGACUGUUGAUCUGGGAUCUGUGUCGUGUUUUUUUUUUUGUUUGUUUGUUUGGUUUUUUUAAAGCGAUUCGGGAGAGAGAGCGGACCAGCGGGAUCUGAUCUGAUCUGUUGUGAGACCUCAGAUCAGCCCUCCUACUGUGAGACUGUUUUGGCGAUAUGAACCCUGGUCCUCUAUAACUGUGAUGUUGUACCUGAACAUACCGUUUUAGUGCCACUGAAGAGCUGUUUACGUGAUGUCAAGUGAAGGUUUUUGUUCCAAAAUUAGCUAUCUGCCGUUAAAAUAUAAUACAGAUGCUUUGAAUAACGAGUUUAAAACAAACUAUAGUAGGGCUGCAACUAAGGAUUAUUUUCAUUAUUGAUUGAUAUGCAGAUUGUGUAGUAUGAAACAAAAAAAAAUAGUACAAAAUUAAAUGCUUGGAAGCCAUAAUCUGCCCUUUUCUGAUUAACUGUAUAGAAUCUUAAAACAGUCUAUUUUAUGGCAUGUAUGACUAAGAAAAACAUCAAAUUUUCGUAUUUGAGAGGCUUGAACCAGAAAAUAUUUGGCAUUAUUUGCAAAAAUGUAAUUGUUUGUGGCCAAGGAAGUUUCUUCAGUGUGCUUUUGGAGUAUAAAUCCUAAAUAAUAUUAAAUUUUCUAUCAUAUAUGACCAAAUAAAACAUGAAAUUGGAAGUUGAGUGGCUAGAAUCAGUGAAUAUUUCAGGUUUUUGCUUGAAAAAUUGCAAACGGUUAAUUGAAUAUCAAAAUUGUUGCCAGUUCAUUUCUUCAGUCUGCCUAUUUUUUAUGAUUACAGUCUAAAAUCAGUGAAAGAAUUUUCUUUCUUUUUUUAUUUUUUAUUUUAUGGCAUCAUUUGCAAAGAAAAACAGCAAAUUGUCAUAUUCGAGAGGCUGGAACCAAAGAAUCUUUGGUAAUUUUCCUUAGGAAAUGGCGAACAAUUGAUUGAAUAACUAAAUUGUUGCCAAUUAAAAACUCAGUCUGCUUAUUGUUGCUGAUUAACAGUAUAAAAUCUUAAAAAUAAAUAAAUGAAUAAACAGGAUAUUUCAGUGUUUUGCUUGAAAAAUGACACAAACGAUUAAUUGAAUAGUAAAGUAAUCACCAGUUAAUUGUCUUCAAUCUGCUUUAUCUGAUCAACAGUCUAAAAUAAGAAAAAAAUAAAAUCCAUCUUACUGUCAUGUCAAAAACAACAUUUUAUCAUAUUUUAGAGGCUUAAACCAGAGAAUAUUUGGCGUUUUCUCACUUGCAAACAUCACAAACGAUUAAUUAAUUUCUUUGCUGAUCGAUUAACCGACUAACUGUUGCAGCUCUCAACUAUAGCACUUUUAUAGAUCACAAAUAAAAGAGAUAAUAUGUAAAGUAAAGUGAGUCCUUGCCUGUAAAAAAAAAUAAUCACAAUAUUGUACAGAUUAUAGCAUUUUUGGAAAUAAAAACCCCCUCACAUGUUUUUCUUCUCCUCUGUGAUCUAAAUCGAACACUAUAUACUCAGCAGCAUCACAUGUUCAAGUGUGUAUGGUUGUGUGUGUGUGUGUGUGUAUUGUUGUAUUUUGGGUCCGGACAUCUCACUCCUGUAUUAAAACCCGCGGAUGUUCUGGUACUUUUAAAAAAAAAAAAAGCCUCACAGGUCAUGAUUUUUUGCAACAUAUCAGGUGUUUUUUAAUUCCUCAUUGCAUCGAUCUGUUUUGUUACACCAACAACUCCGUUAAUAUUAAAUGUAAUAGAAAUAAAACCGACUGAGAUCGUUCCUAUGUAUAUCGAUAGUAAACAAUAUAUUUAAGCAGAACUUAUAUUGGGAUUGUUGCUAAAUCUGUUCGUCCCUCCAUCACUGGUAUAUUGUGAUAUUUUGUGCAACAUGACAGAUUAUUUCCCUCAAUAGAGACGAUGAAUGACUUUAUGAAUCCCUCCAUAGUGCUAUAUGAAAUGUAUACUGAGAGCCUCAAUGAGAACUAUAUAUUUUGUGUGAAAAGUAACAUUCAGGUUGAUAAUAAAUCCGAACAGAAUACACUG